UCUCGGCCACAGACGUCGCUCUGUCAGCCCGGGCUCCGCUGUUCCUGCUCCUCCACCUCCACCGUGGUGUCCUCCUCGCCCAGACGAACAGAAUGGCAGCCCUCAGGAGCCUCAGAAAGCUGUGCCAGCACUCCCAGCAUCACGCCUGUAAACUGCACACGUCCGCCGCGAGGCAGGCGGCAGUGGUCAUCUCAGGGAAGAAGCUGGCAUGGCAGAUUCGAGAGGAGGCCCGGGCAGAUGUGGAGAAAUGGGUUAUAGCCGGCCACAAGAGACCCCAUCUGAGUGUGGUCCUUGUUGGAGACAACCCAGCCAGUCACUCUUACGUCCUGAACAAGACUCGUGCUGCAGCUGAUGUCGGAAUUUCAAGUGAAACGAUUCUCAAGCAUUCAGACAUCAGUGAGGAGGAGUUAUUGGACCUGAUCUACAAACUCAACACAGACCACCGUGUGGAUGGCCUGCUGGUCCAACUGCCUCUGCCAGACCACAUUGAUGAGCGUGCAAUCUGUAAUGCAGUUUCCCCUACCAAGGAUGUGGAUGGCUUCCAUGUAGUCAAUGUGGGUCGCAUGUGUCUGGAUCAGUCGGCCAUGCUUCCCGCCACUCCCUGGGGAGUCAUGGAAAUUAUCAAACGCACAGGUAUUCCUACUCUUGGGAAGAAUGUCGUGGUGGCAGGGCGCUCCAAGAACGUCGGCAUGCCCAUCGCAAUGUUACUGCAUACAGACGGCCGUCACGAGAGACCCGGAGGUGAUGCCACGGUCACAAUAUCUCACCGAUACACUCCAAAGGAGCAACUCCGCCAUCACACUAAAAUUGCUGAUAUUGUUGUCGCUGCUGCAGGAAUUCCAAACCUCAUUACUGCGGACAUGAUCAAAGAGGGAGCAGCGGUGAUUGAUGUUGGAAUAAACAGAGUGCAGGACCCAGUCACUGGAAAGAACAGACUAGUUGGAGAUGUGGAUUUUGAAGGCGUGAGACAAAAGGCGGGCUUCAUCACUCCAGUACCUGGAGGUGUGGGACCCAUGACUGUGGCGAUGCUCAUGAAAAACACUAUCAAAGCAGCUAAGAACGUUUUGCUGUAUCCGCCAGAGAGGAUCCGCAUGGCGGCUGCGUCCUAAUGAGCUGGAGCGAAUUUCAGCAGCAGUGACACAUUCCACCCACUCCAACACUACCAUCCCCCCUCGUUUUUUAUUGGGGCACUGCAACAAGCUCCCCUUGCACAAGGACUGGGAAGAUGAUAGCUUUAAGGCUCUGCUUCUGCUGACAUCUUAAACCACUCCUAACUUCAAGUCCAUGUUUAGACUGUUACAUUGACUCAUGCUGCUGAAUGUUUAUGUAACAGGAUUUUCUGUAUUUAUCAUGUGCCAUGUAUUUGGGAAUUUUAAAUAAUCUUGAAAGAUUAUUAUAUUUAUUGCUACAGUGGCAUCAUAUUUAAACAUGAAAGGAGACUGGUUACAGUAUUUCAAUGAAAAGAAAGAUCAGAGCAUUUUUAGUUAAGUUAUGAAUCAAAAGUAACAAAGGGCUAACAUCAUCAGGAACAAGUGUGUUUAUCAAUUUACAAGCUUUAAAGAUUCACAAUUGCCUUUGUAAAAACUUUGAAAUAAAGGAUAUGAAUAUGUUCUCACA